CGCGCGCUCUAUGGCGCUGGGGGCGGGGCCGCGGCGCUCUCUCCCGGGCGGGUCCCGUGAUGGCUGCUGCGGUCGCGAUCUCUCUCUCUCUCGCCGCGCUCCCGGCUGCCGUCGCCGCUUCCUCCUCUUCCUCAGGACCCGCGGGCACCAGCAGUAGCAUCCGCAUCCGCCGGGCCGCCAUGGCUGAGGAGGAGAGCGCGGAGGAGUCCCCCGGAGAAGGGUCAGGAUGGUUAUCCAGUUGGCUGCCUGCAUGGUGUCCUACGUCACUGGUACAUCUUAAAGAUGCUGAGGAGAAAAUAUUGAAAUGUAUCACAAGUACGUACAGUAAACAGUAUGUCUUCAUAUCCAAUGGAAAUAAAAUAUGGACGCUAAUGUUCUCUCAGAACCUUUCACAGAAAACUCCACUUGUUCUUCUCCAUGGGUUUGGAGGUGGUGUUGGACUCUGGGCUCUGAACUUUGAAGAUCUUUGUGAAAAUAGGACUGUGUAUGCAUUUGAUCUUUUGGGAUUUGGACGCAGUAGUAGGCCACAGUUUGAUGCUGAUGCUGAAGUAGCAGAAAAUCAAUUUGUAGAAUCUAUUGAAGAAUGGCGGAGGAAGAUGGGAUUGGACAGAAUGAUUUUACUUGGACAUAACCUGGGCGGAUUCCUGGCAGCAGCUUACUCACUGAAAUACCCUUCAAGAGCAAAGCAUCUAAUAUUAGUAGAACCAUGGGGAUUUCCAGAAAGACCUUCUAGUGCUGAACAUGAAAGGUCUAUUCCAAUCUGGAUCAAAGCACUAGGAGCAGUUUUGAGUCCAUUUAAUCCAUUGGCUGGUCUCAGGAUAGCAGGACCCUUUGGAUUGAGUCUUGUACAGCGUAUUAGGCCAGACUUCAAAAGAAAGUAUUCUUCCAUGUUUGAUGAUGAUACAGUUACUGAGUAUAUUUACCACUGUAAUGUGCAGUCACCAAGUGGCGAAACAGCUUUCAAGAACAUGACAGUUCCAUAUGGAUGGGCAAAAAGGCCAAUGCUGCAGCGAAUUGCCCAUAUGCACAAAGACAUUCCUAUCACUGUGAUUUAUGGAGCACGGUCAUGUAUAGAUGGCAAUUCAGGGACCACGAUCCAGUCUCUGCGACCAAAUUCUUAUGUCAAAACAAUAGCUAUCCUUGGUGCAGGUCAUUAUGUUUAUGCUGAUCAGCCAGAGGACUUCAACCAGAAAGUAAAAGAGAUAUGCAAUUCUGUGGACUAAUAGGAUUUUGUUGCUGUAAAUGAGAGCCACAAUUAUAAUUCAAAGCAACACUUUGGAAGUAUAAUAUGAACAUUAAGACUUACUGAAUUUUUUUUAAAAAAAAAUAGAUUUUGUUUGCACCAUUUCUUUCAAAUGUUUGCACACUUUAACCCAUGCAGUGCCUUUUGCUGGAAUUAGGGAGAUAUUAAAAAAAGCAUUGUACAUUUUAGUUUGAUGCUGUUCUUUAUAUAUUUAGAUAAAAGAUUUGUAACUAAGUAUGUUAAACACUACAUUUUAAAACUGGAUUCUUAACAAUUGAUUCUGAAAAAAUUAGAGCAUUAAAAUUCCUUUAAUAUAUAUUCUUACAAAAUUGUGAAUGAAAUUUCAGUUUGUUUUCUUCUGCUUCCAUAUAUUGCAAACUCUUUGAACUCUUUUAAAAAUUUAAAAAUACGUCACAUUUGUUUUUCUUUUAUAUCAGAAUAUCUUUACAUUUUGUUGUACCUUACAAAGUGGUCCUUGCCAAAAUAAUCAACACUGGUAAACACCCAGGAAAAAGCAAACGUAGCAAGAAUUAGAAAAAGACUGAGUAAUUCUGAUUUUUUUUUUGCCCCAUCUUGGAAUGUUUGUUGUUCAUUCCAGUAACUAUUGUUGUAUGUUCAAUUGUCUUGGAGAUUUAAUUGUGUAAGAUGUUAACAUUGGUGAUACAGCCUUCUUAAGCAUAUACAAGUCCUGUGGAUUUGAAGAUUAAAUACCUUGUUAGUUUUAUAAUCUAUUCAUUUGGUGAUAAAGUUAUUGCAAGAUCUGUUGCAAACUCAGGAUUUUGCAUGUUGUCAAUCCAUAUUUAAUACUGGGACAACAUAGUCUCUGUGAUAUUUGUAAUCCUUGGAUGAAUAUUUGUUUUGUUUUAAAAAAAAAUUAAAAAUGAGCCAGUCUGACUAGAAGAAAAGCUUACUCUGUCAAACCCCAGGUAUUCUAAAAGUUGGCAUCUUAGAUUAAGUAAUAAUCAAAGAAUGAAUCAAGAAACAUAAGAUGUUUUUGAUUUAAAAUGUGUGAUUUUAUCCUUUUUUAAAAAAAAAAUAGAGCUUUUUUAGGCUUUUGUUUUUAACAUAAGCGAAUUUGUUAUCAACCUAAAGGUAAACUGAGUGGUUUAUAAACAAAAUAAUUUAUUGGUUAUAUAUAGUAAUUUACUGGUCAGCCUUUGAAUGCCGAAAAUAACUACUGAAUCUUUGCUAUUUCUUACUAACUAUUGAAAAUGAAUUAUUUUGCUAUGUCUUGAAAAUGCAGUCUCAGACAGCAUUUCAAAAAAUGGGAAGUGUUUCCUCUGCAAGUAAGAUAUACUAUUUUGGUGCUGUUGUAAUUUAAACAGUCACUGUAACUCUCUUGGCUAUAGUGUAAAAUGUAUGCUGAAUAUUGGCACUAUUGUGCAAUUCAGUACUGCAUAGUAAAGACCUAUGUUUGGAAUUAAAAUACAGAACUGUGUAUUUCUUUAGUAUGUGAAUCUGUUAAGAAAUUGCAUAGUUAAAGACAACAUUCUCAUUCUCUCACCAAAACAUUUUAAUAUUACUAUUUAUGGAUGUGUCCCUAUCUCUUAUAAGAAGUUGGUUUAACCUCUGGUUUGCUAGUAAAAACCACUGGGCGACAAAAUAAUGUAUGUCUAAAAAGUAUGUCACCAACUUGAACUGUUUGGAAAGCUCUUCUCUAGAUAUUGUUUGACUAUAUCUCCCAUUUGCUCAAGCUAGAAUAGCUAAUAAUGAGGAAUAAUGUGAGUUGCAGAUACACAACAUCUGAAAAGGCCCAUCCUGAACUACAAAUACCAGAUAUAGACAUGUUUUUAUUUUACUCUUCUGAGUAAAUUUUCUGAUAAACAGCUGCUUGUAUGUUUUGCACAGUUUUAAAAAUCCUGUUAUAUAAUUGGUGGGUUUAAUGAGUAAUGAGUUUCUGGUUUGCAUGGACUUCAUGAGUAGCAUAGAUCUGAAUGAGGCUUGUCUACCACAUUAGCAUUUCCAGGGUCUUUCAAUGACUUUUACAAAGGUACUUUUUGGGAACACAGUUAUUUGUUUUUAUUCCUUACUAGAAGUAACACGAGAGAUCUGUGAUCAGUAUUUUAUGCUUCCAGAAGUCCAAAGGUAACAAUCUGCCAUGGGGUAAGUGGGUGAGGAAGUAGAUUAUGAACAUAAUUCUGGCAGGAGGUGUCUAAUUUUUCCCCUAACGUUUUCCCCACACACAUCUUCUGUAUAUAUAAAAUGAUAAAGUUGUUUGCGCAGUGACUAUAACAACAAAACUAAACAUCCCAGAAAUACGAAAUUUGGCAACACAAUGCAAAAGGCUUGCCUCCAGGUUACAACAACACAACCACACCACAAAACCACAAUCCAGACCCACAAAACUCACAACAACGCAUCAUGCGAUAACAACACAACUUAACGCCCCAGAAAUACAAAACUUGGCAACACAAUGCAAAAGCCUUGCCUCCCAGUUGUAACAACACAACCACACCACAAAACCACACAGGACCCACAAAACUCACAACAACGCAUUGUGACUAUAACAACACAACUAAACGCCCCGUAAAUACGAAACUUGGCAACACAACGCAAAAGCCUUCCCUCCAGGUUGUAACAACACAACCACACCACAAAACCACAAUCCGGACCCAUAACACUCACAACAACGCAUCAUGACUAUAACAACACAACUAAACGCCCCAGAAAUACGAAACUUGGCACACAACUAAACGCCCCAGAAAUAUAAAACUUAACAACACAACCCAAAAGCCUUGCCUCCCAGUUGUAAGAACACAACCACAACACAAAACCACAAUCCGGACCCACAAAACUCACAACAACGCAUCAUGACUAUAACAACACAACUAAACGCCCCAGAAAUACAAAACUUGGCAAAAGAAUGCAAAAGCCUUGCCUCCGGGUUACAACAACACAACCACACCACAAAACAACAAUCCAGACCCACAAAACUCACAACAACGCAUCAGGACUAUAACAACACAACUAAAUGCCCCAGAAAUACGAAACUUGGCAACACAACACAAAAGCAUUCCCUCCCGAUUGUAACAACACAACCACACCACAAAACCACAAUCCGGACCCACAAAAAUCACAACAAUGCAUCGUGACUAUAACAACACAACUAAACGCCCCAGAAAUACAAAACUUGGCACACAACUAAACGACCCAGAAAUACAAAACUUCGCAACACAACACAAAAGCCUUGCCUCUCAGUUGUAACAACACAACCACACCACAAAACCACAAUCCAGACCCACAAAACUCACAACAACGCAUUGUGACUAUAACAAAUACAACAUUUGACAACACAACUCAUCCACCUCCCCAAUCCCUACAUUCACAUUUGGCCUCAAAAAAAACAAUUACAAUAAUAACAAUGACAACAAUAUCAAUAAGAAUCAACACCAUCACAGGCAAGAAGCAGCCAGGCACUGAGGCUGAGAGGCCAGUCAGUGCUACACUGGGCCUCCAAAAAACAAUACAGUAGCAUCUAACUUAUCCAACCUUCAUAAUCACUACAACAACAAUAAUAAUAAACACCUACACAGGCAAAACAAAAAAAAUACUAUUGUACCACAAUAAAAAUAUAAACCGCCCUCAGCAGAAUCAGACAUUACAAUUAACAACAAACCAAAGACAACAGGGAUCUCAACCAAUUAUCAAUCAACACAAAAAUUGAAGAAGGUAACAGACUUCAAAUACUACUACUAAUGUGAGUAUAAAGAAGAGUGGAGGUCACAGCAUAAAUACAACCUAAUGUAGACUGACCAACAUCACCAGACUAAGCCACAGCAACGCGUGGCCGGGCACAGCUAGUAUAUAAAUAAACCUGUACUUUUCCCCUGCAAGGGAAAAAGAACCCAUGAGAUGAAAAUGAAAGACAUGAAAAUGGAGAAGAUUAAAUGUUCUUUCUAGUUCAACCCCUUUAAUCCAAUUUAGAUUUCCUAUGGUUGCUUCAGACAAAAAUAUGUAUAUAGGAAAUGACAGAUUGUUCUCUUGCUUAAUAUUCAGCCCACACCUCCCAUGGUACUCUUUAUUACGUUCCGCUGCUUUCUCUGCUGCAUUCCAGCAAUGUGAUUUACAAGUAAAUAUUAAAAAUCUGCUCUAGGUGAAAAAAUACAAACUGCCAAUUCAGUGACAGGUUAUACUGAUAAAUCCCUCAAUCAUUGAACUUUAUUGUGUGCUAAAAUAUUGUCUUCUUCAAAAUCUUUGCUUUGAUCAAACUGAUUUGAAUCAUUUUGUCUAUGAACCACCUCUUUAGGAAAUUGCUUACAGUGAACAUUAACAGGUUGUGACUUAGCCAAGCUAAACACAAUCCAUUUCGAAGCUUUAUGAUUUUAAAGCUUUAACAGGGCAAGAGAAAUGGGAGGUUUGUUGAGCUGCUGAUUGAGCAACCGGGUUGAUAUCAUGCAGGCACAAAUAAUACUAUGAACUGCGUCACCUACAGUGAACUGGCAUGCCAAGUCAUUUCUCAAAUUGUUGGCAUGUCUAUUCCAUUUACCAUAGGUCGGUUGUUUAUCAAAUAGUUGGCAUGUCAGUCUAGUGUGGAUGACUCAAUUUUAAAAGCAUACCUCGAAAUUUCUUCAUAGUGAUGUAAGUACAGUAUGCACAAUACAUCUUUACCGAUUUAAACGAAUCUUCCUGAAAACUGUACUGUCGAAGGCUUUCACUGCCAGAAUCACUGGAAUGUUGUGUGGUUUCCAGGCUGUAUGGCCGUGUUCUAGUGGCAUUUUCUCCUGACAUUUCAUCUGCAUCUGGCUGGCAUCUUCAGAUCAUGAAAACUGCUUCCUUUUUAUAUAUUGGAAAAAUACACUUCCUUGGGACCCAGCGGUGCAAACUAAGUUCACUAAGAGAGUGGAUAAAUGUUUUCUCUGAUUCCUACUCAGGCUUGUAAUAUCAGGAAAUUGGCGACCUGCUUAUAUUACGUGAGUUGGGCUGAUGGAUCGCAAGUUAUACAAAGCUUGUUGAAGGAGAAAUUUAUUGCAUCAUAGCAUGUUUAUAAGAACAGUCACAAAAAUUGUUAUCUUACUUCACAAUAACCUUUCUUUAUAAAUAAUUAAAGAUCAAAGCUAA